UUCAUCAGCAUAGCCGCUUACAAAAGUUGCACAUUCCUCAACACAGCUCUCGCAAAACCGGGUGGUCGCAGAAGUGGAACAUCAAACUUUCCGUCUUUACCAACUUGGCAAACAAUGUCUUGUUGGUAGAAUCUUAUGCCAAGAUACUCCACUUUAUUAGGAGAACACUGUUCCACCAUGUGAGUCCACAAGUAGCGUGAUUGGAACGAACAACGAGAGGUUCAGAGCUGGUUUUGCAUUGCAUACCACCAUGGCAAGCGCUGGUUUAUACCGCAGAGUCCUCCCUUCUCCGCCUGCCAUCGAUUUCGCUUCGCCGGAAGGCAAGAAGAUCUUUGUUGAAGCUCUUGGUCAAGGAACAAUGGAGGGUUUCUUCAAGCUAGUAUCAUACUACCAGACACAAUCAGAACCUGCCUAUUGUGGUCUUGCUACACUUACUGUUGUCCUCAAUGCUCUUUCUAUUGACCCUGGUAGGAAAUGGAAAGGGCCUUGGAGAUGGUUUGAUGAUUCCAUGUUGGAUUGCUGUGAGCCCUUGGAGAAGAUUAAAGUUCAAGGCAUUACUUUCGGAAAAGUUGCGUGCUUGGCUCGAUGUAAUGGAGCUCAUGUUGAGGCUUUUCGAUCCAAUGAGAGCACUGUCAGUGAUUUUCGUGACCGUGUGAUUUCGUGUUGUUCUUCUGAGGAUCGUCAUUUGAUUGUGUCUUACCACAGGUCAGGGUUAAAGCAGACUGGAGAGGGCCAUUUUUCACCUAUUGGAGGAUAUCAUGCUGAGAGGGAUAUGGUACUCAUAUUGGAUGUCACUCGUUACAAAUAUCCACCUCACUGGGUUCCCCUUACCCUUCUCUGGGAUGCCAUGAAUACCAUUGAUCGAGCUACUGGACUUCAGAGGGGGUACAUGAUUAUUUCAAAGCUUAAGAGGGCUCCAUCGAUACUUUAUACUGUGAGUUGUAGACAUGAAGGUUGGAGCAGUGUGGCCAAAUUUCUAACUGAGAAUGUGCCUCUCCUUCUAAAGUCAGAGGAUCUAAAAGACAUUCAGGAAGUACUCUCUGUUGUCUUUAAAUCCCCUCCUAGUGAAUUGAGAGAGUUCAUCACAUGGAUUGCUGAAGUUCGCAGACAAGAAGAUGGGAAUCUCACAUUGAGUGAGGAGGAGAAAGGAAGGCUAGCUAUCAAGGCAGACAUACUGGAACAGAUUCGGACAACUACGCUCUUCAAACACGUGACCAGUUGGUUGGAUUCACAACGGUCACGUUGCAGAACUAUUGCAAAACUUCAAGAUAGAGAUAUGCUACCAGAACUCGCUGCAGGUGUUUGCUGCCAAGGGGCGUGUCUUUUAACUGGUUGUUGUUUGCCAGGUGGAAAAUGCUGUAGCCAAAUAGAUGUGAAACAUCUGAAUGUUGAUCAUAAAAAUAUAGUAACAUUGGUUUCUGGAACUGUUGCCUCUGGUAGCAGUAGUGAACAAGGAGUUGAUGUGUUGGUCCCCUUGUGUCAAAUGGGGCCAGAAGGUCACUGCAUUGGAAUGCAUCCAUCUACUGCUGAUGUCUUAACGGUGCUUUUGCUAGCCUUGCCCUUGCACACAUGGUCAGGCAUUAAAGAAGAGAAGCUGUGUGCGGAAGUUACCAGCCUUCUAACAACUGAAAAUCUCCCUCCCUUACUUCAGGAAGAGGUUUUGUUCUUGCGAGAGCAACUCCAUUUUCUCAUGACGGAUAUUGGUGCUCCUCCUCACUGAUGAUGCUCUUGGUUUUGGCAUAUGUAAUGGGUUCCAAUAUUAGAACCUGCUUUAGCAUCAGUUAUGUCAUUGAACUUGGGAUCAGGACAUGUGCAUUGUUUGUCAUGUUUUAUAUUUGUGCAAGGAAUUUGGAGGACUAUAUAAAGUUAAUUGUUUGGAGAUUGAAAAAUUGGAAAUUGCUGGAAGAUGGGAAUUAAUCAAAAGGCUGCAGGACCUAGCGAUCAUGGCCCUUUAAUGUGAUCCUAGGAGCAUCCUAUUCUUCUCUGAUAUUUCUCUUUUGAAAAAUGUAUCACGAGAAGUUAAUGUAAUAAAAAAAUUCCCUGUUUGGUUUC